UUUUUUUUUCCUUCGUUUUUCCCGUUACGCUGUGUUCUUCGUGGUCUAUGGCGGCAUUCUCGUCCAAGCGCGUUGGCUGCGUCAAGGAGGCAUUGGCGAUCCUCGGGAAAGCCAUCGCGACCUCCUGCAUUGCUCGCCGGAAGCGCGGCCAUCGCUUUCAGGGAAAUUCCAUUAAGCAUCUUUCGAGCGAGCUUAGGUUAAGACCGCGGCACUGUAGCAGCGCUAGAGAUCCUCAAUUCUAGGGAGAUUCCAUCGCCGGAUGCAAGAGGACGUGCUCCAGUGCUAGGGACGAUUUCUUUUUCUUCUCUCACUCUCUCUCUCUCUCUCUCUCUUUCUGGUCGCCCGCCUGCACGACGCAAGAGGGUCAGAUCUAGAUUCGUGCGCUCAUUGCCGCUGGGACGCUGAUAUUCCCGCGGCCUUUCACUUUCGCGCGAGUGCUCCUCCCUUUCUUCCCUUUCUUUCGAUCCAGAUUCCAGGUGUGAGAGAGAGGGGCUAAAAAUUGGGAGCUAAGGGUGGAUCAGGGAGAGCGAUGAUCGUCGUUUUGCGCGGCUCUCUCGGAUUGCUUUGUCAGCGGGAGAAAACGUCAAAGACACGGCUUUGGAACUUGUGAGAGCCGGCCGUCGUCAAAUUUGACCCAGGAGCGCGACUGGGCCUCGCGAGAUCUCUCAGCUCUGUGAGGGUCUCAAGGAAGAAGGAUGUUCUUCUCCAAGAAGAAGCACCGGAGCAGCAUGAAGCCCGUGCUCUACGACGACGAGGAGUGUAUCAGAGUCGUCAAAGGUACUAGCAACAGGAUAGAGCAGCUCACAGGUGUUGGGAGCUUGCGGCUGGCAAUCGUUCUAUCGGCUAUGGUGUUCAUGUUCAUGUACUUCAUGUUCGUCUUCGGGGGCCCCGGGUGUGGAGUUCUCUACUCGUGCAAGCACAGCGACGAUGAGGCUUUCAGGCAGGCCGAGGAGCUCAACCGGGCCAUCGAAGCCCAAGACGACUUAGAGCGGGACAUGGUGAGAUACUUGGACGACGAUCUUCCGCCCAUGCAGGAAGAACAGCAGCCUUUCCACAGCAGUAUGGCGCCCUCGCACGAGCCGGAGAAAGGGUCUUCUCCGGCUCCCGGGUACGAGACGGGGCUGGCCAACAUAGUUUUCGGGAUCGCGGCGUCGGCCAAGCUGUGGGAGAAGAGGCAGGAGUACGUGAAGCUGUGGUGGCGGCCGGGGGAAAUGCGGGGGUUUGUGUGGCUGGACAAGGCGGUGAGCAGCUGGUCCAAGGCGCUGCCGCCGAUGAGGAUCUCCGAAGACACGGCCAAGUUCAACUACACCAACAAGAAAGGCGGGCGGUCGGGGAUCAGAAUCUCUCGCGUCGUGUCCGAGACGUUCCGGCAGAACCUCACGGACGUGCACUGGUUCGUGAUGGGAGACGAUGACACGAUGUUUGUUCCUGAGAACUUGGUGAGGAUCUUGUCCAAGUACGACCACCGCAAGUUCUACUACAUUGGCUCCCAUUCCGAGAGCCACACUCAGAACAUCCAUUUCUCGUACAACAUGGCUUACGGAGGUGGUGGCUUCGCGAUAAGUUAUCCUCUCGCCAAGGCUCUCGCCAAGGUCCAGGACCGAUGCAUUAUGAAGUACCCCUACCUUUACGGCAGCGACGAUCGAAUCCAGGCUUGUCUCUCCGAGCUCGGAGUUCCUCUCACCAAAGAACCGGGAUUUCACCAGUUCGACAUAUAUGGGGAUGCGUUUGGACUCCUCGCAGCACAUCCAGUGACUCCGCUCGUCUCGAUCCACCACCUCGACUUGAUCGACCCCGUGUUCCCAAACACUACGCAGAUUGAAGCGCUCAGGCACUUCAAGAGCUCGAUGAGAGUGGACCCAGGGGGUGUGCUCCAGCAGUCGAUUUGCUACGACAAGUACAAGAGAUGGUCCAUCUCGGUGUCGUGGGGAUAUGCUGUCCAGGUCUACAGAGGGAUACUUCCUCCACGGUUGCUGGAGCUGCCAAUGCGGACCUUCUUGAGCUGGUAUAGAAGGAUGGACGACAUUGGCUUUCCUUUCAACACCCGGCCAUUCUUGAAGAGUCCGUGCGAGCAGCCAACUAUCUUUUACAUGAAAGAAGUUGGCUAUGGCGACGAAGCCGGGGAGACGAUUAGCAGCUAUAGUCGAGACCGUCGGCAGCGAGGAGGAGGAGAGUGCAAGUCGACGCUCCAGCACUCUCCAGGCUCUCUGGAGGAGAUUAUAGUGACGAAAGAACAGGCCGACGAUUCUUGGCACUUGGCCCCGAGAAGGCAAUGCUGUAGAGUCGUGAAAUCCACCAAGAAGAUGAUUGAAGUUAGCGUUGGAAACUGUGAAAGCGGGGAGACCAUCAUUUGAUUGUGAACGAAAUUUUUGAUCAGCGAUGUACAUAGAAAAACUAUAACAAAAUUAUUUUGUGAGGAAUAAAAUCUUGGCCGGCAGCAUAACUUAAAA